AUGGACGCCAGACUUCGACGGGUGAACAAGGAGAUCGCGGACUGCAAGAAUGACAAAUCCUCCAACAUUGACAUCGAUCUCGUCGACAACUCGCCGUUCCACCUCAUAGGCUCCUUUGAUGGCCCCGAGGGCACCCCGUACGAGGGCGGCCACUUCGAGGUGGACAUCGUGAUCCCAGACUCGUACCCCUUCCAGCCAGUCAAGAUGAAGUUCAUCACGAAAAUCUACCACCCCAACGUCUCCUCCGCGUCGGGCGCGAUCUGCCUCGACAUCCUCAAGGAUGCCUGGAGCCCCGUGCUCACGCUCAAGUCCACGCUCAUCUCGCUGCAGUCGCUCCUCUGCUCGCCCGAGCCGCGCGACCCACAGGACGCGGAGGUCGCGAAGCACUACAUGACGAGCAAGAGCAGCUUCGAGGAGACCGCGCGGUAUUGGACGGAGAUCUACGCGGGUGGGCCGGGCAAGGCGGGCAAGGGCAAGGCGAGCGGGCCUAGGGACGAGAUUGCAAUGGCGGGCUUGGACUCGGCGCAUGUGCAGCAGUUCCAGUCGCUGGGCUUUGAGAAGAGCAAGGUGAUUGAUGUGCUGCGACGGAUGAACUAUCGUGGGGCGAACGUCGCAAAUAUCAAUGAUGACAGGGUGGUCGAGGAAAUGCUGAAGCCAUAG